CGUGGCAUCCCUAAUCCCGGGCUGAUAAUCUCCGCUAGUAUUAACGUGCAUUGGAGGCCCAGAACGUUAACAGUAGCAAUCAGAAUUAGGUGCAUAACUUACCUAUGCUGAGAACCCGUCACCCAAUGCAUGCGAGGCUAAGCCUUUCUCCUCGAAGCAGAUAGAGGUGUCUAUAUCAAGUUUGAGGUCGCGAAAUGAUGACAACUGUCAUCCGCUUGUGAAAACGCAACGGCCCGAAGAGCAAUUGCGACUCAUUGUUCAUUAACUUGACCUAGAUAUAUACUUGUCUGUCGAGGGUUUAGCAACAUGAUGUCGCUCAACAUUAUGAUAUACCCUCUCGUUCUCUGCCUCUCGGGUCUGUUACUAUGGGUUGCGUGCCUGGUCUUCGGUCCAGAGGCGUAUAAGUCGCCUGCCCAGGGGGAAAGAACACAGGUCUCUGUUCAGAUCCUAGUUCUUGGGGAUCUCGGGCGAAGUCCACGCAUGACAUAUCAUGCUCUUAGCAUCGCCAGACGUGGAGGCACAGUAGACCUCAUCGGCUACCUUGACUUGCUCCAUAAUCCUCAAAUCCGCAUAAGCGCACUCCCCCCGCCUCCCAAGCCGCCCGGCUUUAUCCCCUUUGUGAUCUUCGGCCCAUGGAAGGUCUUGUGUCAGCUCUAUCAUCUUGCCUGGCUACUCAGCUAUCGCCUCAAGCCGGCCCAGUGGCUCCUUGUCCAGAACCCACCCUCGAUACCGACCCUUUUCAUUGCCAGUCUUGUCUGCUACGUGCGCAACACUCGGCUUAUGAUUGACUGGCACAACUAUGGCUGGACAAUCUUGGCUGGCACCCGGGGGCCACGGCACCCGCUAGUGCAUAUCUCCAAGGCAUAUGAAUGCUUCUUCGGCAAGCUGGGUAGCUUCAAUCUCACCGUGACCGAAGCCAUGGGCCGCCAACUACGCCAGGCCCCAUACAACAUCAGAUCACCAAUGCUGACUGUCCACGACCGGCCCGCAACCAUCUUCCAACCGAUCCACUCCCAGUCAGAAAGGGAGAAGGUCCUCACCCGCAUCUUCCCAGGCCACGAACUGGUCCCCCGCGUUCUCGACGGCAGCAUACGACUCAUCGUCAGCAGCACGAGCUGGACGCCUGACGAGGACUUCUCCCUGCUCCUGGACGCGCUGGUCCAAUACGCCAACGACGCCGACGACGCCAGCAAGAUGGGCCCACCCACGCCGGUGCUCGCCAUCAUCACGGGUAAGGGCCCGCAGAAGGAGAUGUACCUAGAGCGGGUGGCGGCCCUCCAGAAGAGCGGCUCGCUCCCCAACGUCACCAUCGAGACGGCCUUCCUGCCCUUCCCGGACUACGCGGGCCUGCUGGCCUGCGCGGACCUCGGCAUCUGCCUCCACAUGAGCAGCUCGGGCGUCGACCUGCCCAUGAAGGUCGUCGACAUGUUCGGCGCCGGCCUCCCCGUCGCCGCGUACUCGGGCUACGAGAGCUUCGCCGAGCUGGUCCACGAGGGCCGCAACGGCCGCGGGUUCGAGACGCCGGAGGAGCUCGCGGGGAUCCUCCGCCGGCUGCUCGGCGACGGGGGCGGGCGCGAGCUCGGCAGCCUGAGGGUAGGGGCUGUGGAGGAGGGGAGGAGGCGGUGGGAUGAGGAAUGGGAUGCCACGGUCGCGCCGGUAUUGGGCUUGGCUGCCUAGACGAUGAGGUCCAGCGCGGGAUGGCGCAGCGAUGGCGCAGCGAUGGAUGGGAAUCAUAGACGGCUCUGCCAUGUUCGCACUCUUCUUGGGCAUAUGGCGUAGCAAAUGGAGAGAUAGCAGAAGAGGCGUGCAUAACCUGGGGCUUUCCCAAUAUUUCGGCGAACCAAGUCAUCAUGUUGGCCUUUCUGUUUGACACUUGAAGAUCGCUUGCCGAACCCCAACUCCAGAUGUUGCAACACAAUUUCAUGUCGCAAGCUCUGCUUGACAACGCUUGAAUGUAAUUCCCUCGCUUAAUGAGCCUUGUUCUUCGCCUGUGGUGGUUAGAAUUUGCCCCCUUGCAGAUGCAUUCGAGUAAAAAUUUCUUGUCUGCUCUCCCCCCCUUUAUCU